CGUCGGAGACAGGCCCUGUGAGCUCUCCGCGGUGGUGAAGAGUAGGUUGCACGCUAAUGAAACUGCCCUUCAGAAGAUUUUAAAGAGCAGAAACCAGAUUUGAUCUGUGUGACACAGCUAACCUGGAGAGACAUCCCUCUGAGUUGGAAUGAUAAUGACAGAGUCUGGGGAAGUUAUAGACUUAGACCCUCCCGCUGAGACUUCACAGGAGCAAGAAGACCUUCUAAUAGUGAAGGUGGAAGAAGAAGACUGUACCUGGAUGCAAGAGUACAACCCUCCAGUGUUUGAGACUUUUUACCAGCGCUUCAGGCACUUCCAGUACCAUGAGGCAUCAGGCCCCCGGGAGGCCCUGAGCCAGCUCCGGGUGCUGUGCUGCGAGUGGCUGAGGCCCGAGCUGCACACCAAGGAGCAGAUCCUGGAGCUUCUGGUGCUGGAGCAGUUCCUGACCAUCCUACCGGAAGAGUUCCAGACCUGGGUGAGAGAACAUCACCCGGAAAGUGGAGAAGAGGCCGUGGCUGUGGUAGAAAAUAUACAGAGAGAGCUAGAGGAACGCAGACAACAGAUCGUGGUGUGUCCUGAAGUGCUUCCUCAGAAGAUGGUACCACCUGGAGUUGUUCAGGAGUCCCCCAGCCAGCAGCUCCUGUCUGUGGACCCCCCGUCUGAACAGGAGCCACAGAAGCCUCAUCUUCUGGAGGAGAAUGCCCUACCUGCUCUCCAAGUUCCUCCCCUUCCCCUGAAGGACAGCCAGGAGCUGACAGCCUCACUUCUCUCAGCUGGGUCCCAGAAGUUGGUGAAAAUGGAAGAUGUGGCUGAUGUGGCUGUAUCCUUCAUCCUGGAGGAAUGGGGACAUUUGGACCAGUCUCAGAAGUCACUCUAUAGGGAUGACAGGAAGGAGAAUUAUGGGAGUAUUCCUUCCAUGGAUUAUGAGUCUAGGAAUGACAACGUGGAACUCAUGGUAAAGCAGAUUUCUGAUGAUGCUGAAGCCCACUGGAUGACGUCAGCAAGCACCGAAAGAAAUGUUCCCCAGAGUCAAGGGUUUGGAGAAGUUAGUGACCUUCACGGCAUGGUAGAAAGGUGGCAGGUAAACCCUGCUGUGGGGAAAUCAAGGCAGAACUCUUCCCAGAAAAGAGAUCUUGGUGCCAUCACAGAUGCUAACCGUAAGCAAAAUACAAGCACAAGUGGCGAGAGAGGUCACAAAUGUAACGAUUGUGGUAAAUUUUUCCUUCAAGCCUCAAACUUCAUUCAACAUCGGCGAAUCCACACUGGAGAAAAACCGUUUAAGUGUGGUGAAUGUGGGAAAAGCUACAAUCAGCGUGUGCACCUGACACAGCAUCAGCGUGUCCACACUGGCGAGAAACCGUACAAGUGUCAGGUGUGCGGAAAAGCCUUCCGUGUGAGCUCGCACCUUGUCCAGCAUCACAGUGUGCACAGUGGGGAGAGACCCUACGGAUGUACCGAGUGUGGGAAAAACUUUGGCCGGCACUCCCAUCUGAUUGAGCACCUGAAGCGCCACUUCAGAGAGAAAUCCCAAAGAUGCAGUGACAAAAGAAGUAAGAAUACAAAAUUGAAUGUUAAGAAGAAAAUUUCAGAAUUUUCAGAAGCAGACGUGGAACUAUCAGGAAGAAUCCAAAGGAAUGCUUCUCAAGUGCAAGAUUUUGGAGAAGGCCAUGAACAUGCAGGCAAGUUGGAUAGAAAGCAGGGAGUUCCCAUGAAAGAGAUACUAGGACAGCCUUCUUCAAAGAGGAUAAAUUUCAGCGAAGUCACAUACGUGCACAAAAAAUCAUCCACAGGAGAGAGACCACAUAAAUGUAAUGAAUGUGGAAAAAGCUUCAUUCAGAGUGCACAUCUGAUUCAACAUCAGCGAAUACACACGGGGGAGAAGCCAUUUAGGUGCGACGAAUGUGGGAAAAGCUACAAUCAGCGUGUGCAUCUGACUCAGCAUCAGCGGGUCCACACUGGUGAGAAACCCUACACCUGUCAUUUAUGUGGGAAAGCAUUUAGAGUGAGGUCUCAUCUUGUUCAGCAUCAGAGUGUGCACAGCGGGGAGAGACCCUUUAAGUGUAAUGAGUGCGGCAAGGGCUUUGGGAGGCGGUCACACCUUGCUGGGCAUCUGAGACUCCACUCUAGAGAGAAAUCCCAUCAAUGCCAUGAAUGUGGAGAAAUCUUUUUUCAGUAUGUUAGCCUCAUUGAACAUCAGGUGCUCCACAUGGGUCAGAGAAAUGAAAAAAAUGGCAUUUGUGAGGAAGCAUAUAGUUGGAACUUGACAGUGAUUGAAGAUAAGAAGAUUGAGUUACAAGAGCAGCCUUAUAAGUGUGAUAUCUGUGGCAAAGCCUAUAGUUAUAGUUCAGACCUUAUUCAGCAUUACCGAACUCACACUGCAGAGAAAACCUAUAAAUGUGAUAUAUGUAGAGACAACGUUGGCCAGUGUUCCCACAUAAAACAUCAAAAACCCUACUCCAAUGUGAAAUCCCAUCAAUGUCAUGAAUGUGGCAGAGCCUUCACUCUAAAGUCCCAUCUUAAUCAGCAUCAGAGAAUCCAUACUGGUGAGAAACCCUUUCAGUGUAAAGAGUGCGGAAUGAGUUUCGGUUGGAGUUGCAGCCUCUUUAAACAUCUGAGAAGCCAUGAGAGGACAAAUCCCAUAAAUACCUUAAGUGUCUAGAUGUUUCUGGUGUAGAACAGCUCUUACUCAAGUUUAGGAAAGCCUUCCUAAGGGCAACCUUACUUCUAUAUUGAAUGUAAUAACAACAACUUCAAGCAUUUUCUCCAGCAUAACCGUCAAACCUACUGAUAUGUUGAAAUCCUUCAGUUAGAACUUAGGGACGCUGGAGAAUCCACAAUAAAUAGGUAUGUUUGCUUUCCCCAUCAAGAAAUGCUUUUGUUAGCAGCUUCAUGCUUAAGGAUCUAGACAAGAGAGCACCCAUGGAUAAUGGUGGAUGAAGGAAAGCCUUGAGAUGACACUCAUUCUUCUGUUGAAUCUCAGAAUGUUGACACUGAGAAAAGCCUCAUGAAUGCAGUAGAAAUAAGCUUUAUUUGUAGUUUCUGCCUUGUUUGACAGCUUCUUCAGGGAAGAACACAGUGAAGGGAAGAGAGAACUCUAAAGCAUGAUAGCUAUUCUGGUACCUCAGCAACCAAGCUUUUCUAGAAAUGAUUAUCCCAGCCACUAGAAUGCUCCAGCCAUUGUUCUCACCUUGAGUAUUAAAGCCUUUGAAAAGAAAUCGACUUAAGGUAUUUAUAUUCUGGCAAAAUUGGGGUUCAGAGGCUGGAUGGUAUGUGUUCCUGCUGCAUUAUUCAGUCUCAGACUUCUCCAUGAAACCUCUACCUUGUUUUUGUUUUGAUUCUACUGGUGUCAGUUGGCUAGUAGUUAAGUGUGUAAAUUCAGGAGAGAAACUGUGUUGGUUGGUCACAUCUUGAGGAGAAGGGAGAGGGACCUUAGGGGAAUAGAGAAGAGAAGACAGGCCAAACUGUGGGCUGGUUUUUAUUAUGUUACCCGCAAGAAAGAGGGCAGCUGUAUCCAGGGAAGGAAUUGGACCAAGCUGAAUUAAGCAUCUUGGGUGCAAGCAAUAUGUGUAGCAAUUCCCAGUUGCCCUGGAGAUAGACCUGCAGAAGAUAACAGUGUGCAGAGUAAGUGUCAGUUUGAGUUGCAGUUGGGUUGGAAAGUAAACAGUAAUUAGGAGAAGAAAGGUACAUGGUCUGGUUAGCCCUGCCUUGUGGGAAGGUCUAGGGGAAAGAAGAUGACAUGGGAUAAGUUAAUUUGAGCCUCUUUGCUAGAGACAGGAAGAGAGUGUGCCUCUGGGCACUGCUUCUGCUGACUGCUGGGCUUACAAGAAACACCCAAUAGAUCCUGUUGACUGUGUAUGUUGUACGCUGGUGCCCUGCCCAGAUCCCCUUACCAAAUUGGCCUGCCUGUCCCCCAGUUACUCUGAGUUUUGGCUGCUGGGUGCUCACCACUCUCCUCCUUCUCCAGACACUCUGGAGAAUUGUCCUCAGAUGAUGGAAGCUGCCUCGCUGGAGUUAUCUGCCCUCCACACCCCCUAGUCAGUGGCAUUAAUAUGGCGUCCAAAAGGCUGAUUCACUAGGUCUCAGUGGGGGAUGGGAGAACCGGUGGUUCAGUUUAUGCUCCAGAACCCUCCCUUUGUGGGUCAGGCCAGACUUUAUCUGAGACUACAUCCAUGUGUGAGUAUCACAGGGCCUCAUUAGUAGCAUUUAAGGAGUCCUCUGCAAACAGAAUCACAAAUGAAGGUCCAGGUGUAAGACUUAAUUGAGAACGAAAACUGCAGUGAAGACUAUCGUUAAUGUUUAUUGAGGAUUUACCAUGUUCUAAACAUCAUGUGCGUUACGUGGAUCAUCUUGAAUCCUCAUAUUAAUGAGAUGGUUUUACUUAGCACCCUCAUUUUACAGUUGGGAAAAACUGAAGUUUCUAAUAGUUCAUUCAGUUGCCCAAAGUCAUGCAGCCAGUAUGUGGCAGAACUAGCAUUUGAACCCAGCCAGACCACUUUGCCUCCAAAAGCUAAGCUCGUAAGCACUAACCUGUAUUAUGUCUUACAUUAUUAAACAUCAAACAUUACAAAGUGGUGAAACUCUGUUUUUGUUACCUGUAUGAAAAACUUUUGAUCCAAGAUAAUGAUAAAAUCAUAAAGUUAAAGAACCUUGAAAAAUUGUGCUGGGUCCCAUGCGAUCAUCAAACCCAACCUCCCACCUGAUGGAGGAAGCCCCAGUUUUCUGGCAUGUGUAUGUAAUAGAUGCUUAGUAACUGUUAAACUGGAGGAGACAUUGGCCUGGCAAUUGGUUAUCCAGUUUCUGCAUGAAACCCUUUCAGUAUUAGGGAGUUCAUUGCCUCCUAAGGCAGGCUCUUACAUUUUAAAACUACUCUGCUCACCAAAAAUGUCUUUCUCAGCUGAAACUAUAUUGAUCUAUAGUCUUACAGCUUUCUCUCAUUGCUCCUAGUUGCAAAAAAAAAACAAACAAAAAAAAAAACAAAACAAAAAAAAACCACCCAAAAAACACAAAAAAAAACAAAACAAAAAAUUUAAGACCUUAUGAUUUGAAUGUUUGAAAAGUUUUUUGCUGUUACUCAGUCACCACAUCCAUCAUAGCCUUCUCUUCCAAACCUCCAAACUCCUAAACAAAGUAUUAGAGUUAUACAUUUUAUUUCCUUAAGUUUGGACAAUUUAGAGCAAGAUUUGUUUACCUGAGGUGCUACUUCCUUGUCCUUUUUAACAUUAAAAUAUUGGAAAGGACUAAGGCAAAAAAGGAACAGAACAGAAUCUGUGUUCCAAUUACAUCAGUAAAUGGGUGCUUGGAGCAUGUUGGUUGAAUUGUAUAGAAGUGUUUGCUACGGUGCUGGGGCCAGAGACGAAGCCUAUGAUUGAUUCUAUAAAAAAUUUGUGUUGUUUUUACAAAAGUACCAGAACCAUCUGAGUGAGUGCAACUAGGCCCCGGUCAUUAGCUUGAGGUACUUUCCCUGCAGAAGGAACUUGUGACCUGCACCUCACAUCCAAGAGGCUAGAUGCCCCAUCGGUUUCCUAUUUCUUUCUCAUUGGCGAGGAAAUGCUUCUAAACCUUAGUCUUUUCCCCACCCUGAGGAGGAAGCUAAAUUCCCCUAGAUGUGUAGAGGAGGGCUCAAGGAGUCACCAAGACCACCGAGACCUCCACGAAUCAGGGGGAGUGGGAGGGUGGGACUGUGAGGCACUUCCAGUGGGCUUCCGGGAUGUGUAGGGGUCCUGAAGGCCUGGUGUUCUGCUCACGCUCUCGGAGCUCUGGUCUUCAGGUAGCAAAGGGGUCACGAGAUGGCCCCAGCAGGAUAUGGAGAGAAGCGCCUCUUCCCCUGCCCCCACCCAGCCCAGCUUUGUGCUUUGACAAACCUAAACGAUGGGAUCUUCCAGGAAAGGCAUUGGAAACAAAACAUAAGACCUUAGCAUUUUUGUGCCCUUGUACAGAAUCCUAGAAAGACUUCACCAGUAAGUGCAGUUCUGGUGGCUUGGACCUAAGGAGAAAGAUCAUAACCUAGAGAAGGUCCAGAAGAAGGAAACUACACAAACUAGGGGGGACCACAGAUCUGAAUCUGUCAGCUCACAUGUAGUAGAACUAAAGAGAUACUAGGGGUGCCUGGGUGGCUCAGUCGGCUGAGCGUCCGACUUCGGCUCAGGUCACGAUCUCACAGUUCAUGAGUUCGAGUCCUGCGUCGGGCUCUGUGCUGGCAGCUCAGAGCCUGGAGCCUGCUUCGGAUUCUGUGUCUCCCUCUCUCUGCUCUGCUCUCCCUUGCUCACACUCUGUCUCUCUUUCAAAAAUAAAUAAAGAUUAAAAAAAUUAAAAGAACUAAGAGAUACUAUUCAAAAUCAGAAUGAUACAGGGAGAAAAACUAAGGGUAAUAAAGAAGUACCUACAGAGAUACAGAAGAUAUAGCACAUAAAAAAUUACAGAUAUUCAAGGAUAAAUACUAAAAUGGAGGCACUAGCAUGUUUUGGAAUUGAUGUCAAGGACAGUUUUACCUCUUUACUUCUGUCUCUUGGUACCUCUGAGCAUAAUAAAUCAUGAGUUUGGUGCAGUAUAGCAACUGUUCUAUCCUUGGUGGGAAAUAGAACAAGUACAGUAUGUACCACUGAUUGUAAGUGUGACCAGGAGAAAAUAGGACCGCAUUAGCACAAACCAGUCACCGUCUAGAUAAAUUUUCAGCUUAAUCCAUUGGGGUUAAAAUCUUGUUUCUAAAAGAAACACAAAAGUUACAUUUGUUGUACAUCUGAGGAUGUGCUUCUUUCUGUGCUCAGUACCUUAGGAGGUAUGCUGGUAUACUCCAGCUGAGGUGACAAAACGCUGCAGACUGGGUGGCUUAAACAGAAAUUUAUUUUCUCACACUUCUGGAGGCUGGAAAUUAGAGAUCAGGGUGACAGCAGAGUUGGUCUACGGAGCCCUUUCUCUCCUUGGCUUGCUGACAGCUGUCUUCUUGCUGUGUCCUCAUACAGCCUCUCCUUUGUGUGCGUGCACUCCUGGUAGCCCUUCCUCCUCUUACAGGGACAUCAGUCCUAUGGAUGAGGGCCAACCCUAUGACCUCAUUUAACUUUAAUUACUCCCUUGAAGGCCUCUUCUCCAAAUGCAGUACAGUCCUCAUCUGACAGAUGAAGACUUGGAGGCACAGAGAUAUUUGACCGUGACUUGUUAUCUCUGAAAUGGAGCCUGGAGCCUGGGGUCUCUUAAAUCCUAGCCUAGAUAGUGCUCUACACUACAGUGAGAGAAAAGGUCUGCUUCUGAUGUUUUCAUAGCUUUCUAAUUAUCUUUCUGGCAGCAAGUUAUGUGAACUUCACUCCCCAUUUCAACAUCUUCCUAGAUAAAUAUGGGUGACUGGGAUGUGGAAACUUGUUUUCCCAAAGUGGUCAAUGCAAUACCAAAUUGUCCCUGGUUAAAUGGUGCUGGUGAGAUACAUGUAUUAGUUAUAUCAUCAUGAGGAGACACAAAGGAAGCAGGUAUUUGAUCCAGAAGUGGCAGGAUUUUAGAUAGACUCCUCCUAACCUGCCACGGCCCACAAGGAUGGUGCUGCUGUAAACUUGUAUCUUGGAAUUUGGCCAAAGGCCACUUGUCACUAAUCAAAAGCCAGAGACCUUGAUUGUAGGCAGGAGAAACCACACAAAGCAAUCCUUAUGGACAAAGAGAGAAGACUUGGUCUCUCCUGUCCCUUACUCAAUUUGGAUUCUAUCACAAGACCACCCUGCUGCCAGACUUUACCACCAACCCCUAAAACUCACCCUAUACUGAAGUGGGCGAACUCACUGUUUAAGCUGUUCUCAGUGUAACUCACUGAAAUUUUGCAUGACUACCUGUUGAUUACUUUGCAGUUUUCAAAUCUAUCAGACACUUGUUGCUUCUCUCUGCUUCCUUUUUACACAAUAGCUUGAAACCUUGUUAGUUUUUUAACUGUUGGUGGUACCCUGACACCUGGUUUUGCUGUAGUGAUGUCUCUGAGUUUUCAGUUUUGCUGUCCUAGUUUUUAAGGAGGGAUUUGGAAAAGUCACAAACUAUGCCCCAUCACGGUCUUCUCUCUUGUGUCCCUUUGAAAGCAAGCGAUACCUUCACCAAAAUAUCCUGACAGAGCGCCGUACAUAUGUAUCUCAUUGGCUAGAAUUAUAACACAUGGCCAUGCUUUAAAAAAAAAAAAAAAAAAACACAA